GAGAGUUAUGUGGAUAUCUCUUAUUGGUGCUGAGCAGCUUUGGCUGAAAGGGGAGUGAAAACUCUGACAGAUUUUUUAUUUCUAUUUUUGAUGGUAUGUCUGUGUUUUUUCCCCACACCUCAGUUCCACCAUGACUCCGACACUGGGACUCCUCUUGUUCUUCCUCGGGCUGUUUGGAGGCUCGUCGGCGGUGCAGGAGAACUGUAAGGACUAUGGGCUGGAGUUUGAGAGGGUUUUCUCCGUUCCUGGCGAGGCCGCCAUGCUAAACACCACCUUGGUGGCUAUGGACGUCUUCAGCUUCACCACCGAGCCCUACAACGUGACCUGGUACGACCCACGGACGGGCCAGGAGCUCAGCAACCAGACGGGACGGGUGGUGGUGUGGGGCGAGACGCUCUGGCUGCUCAGUGUGCAGCUGGAGGAUGCUGGGAAAUAUGAGAGCAUUGUGAGGACUCCCUCCCGGUGCUACAGACAGCAGACCCACCUGGUGGUGGAGAAGCCACCGGCGGGACAGUGCGGGCGGCCGAGACAAGCUGGACAGUCGCUGUCCAUCUCAUUGAACGGCUUUCUGAGCUGUCCUCUGAAGGAUUACAUCAGAAAACUGAAAGACUAUAAUGCCAGUUAUUCCAUGAAGUGGUACAAGGGCUGUGAGCUCAUUGAGGACAGAAGAGGAAGGUUCACCUACAUGAGCAUGGCGCAGCUGAAGGUUGAGAAAGUGGAGCUUCAGGACAGUGGCAACUACACGUGCACGCUCACCUUUGACCUGGGCGGGGUCACGGCCUCCGUCUCAGAGACCAUCAGUACAACGAUCAAAGAGAACUACUACAUGCGUCCCAUAGUGCACAAGCCGGAAAAUAUAAUCAUCAAGGUCGAGAAAGGCUCCAGAUUCAAUCAGUCAUGCCUGGUGUUUGUGCCGUGCGUGGGGGCGCCAUUGAUUUCUAUCUCUUGGGUGGACAAAAACGAUUUCAUCGACAGUGAACCUGAAAACCGAGUUUACACUGUGGACGGAAGAUCGUGGAGACAGGAGAGUCCCAGCAGAGGUUUGUGGAAAGAGGUUCUGCUGGUAUUUUCUGAGGUGCGGGAAGAGGAUUUCUACAAAAACUACACUUGUAUGGUGUUCUCGGCGCGAGGCAUCCCCCAAGGCUUUUUCACUCUCCUGCCUGCAGAUCCACAAAUUGCACUUCCCAUUGGCUUAGUGCUGGGCAGCGCGACUGUUCUGUUUAUCACCAGCAUUUUCCUCUGCUACCUGUUCAAGGUGGACAUUGUGCUGUGCUUCAGGAGAACAUUUCCUGUCUUGUACACAAACACAGGUGCUUCUUGGGCAUCAAUCCCGAAAGAGGCUCAAAGACCAGGAAGCGAACAACUAUGA